CCUUGAUGAGGAAGAGUCGCGGAAGAGGUAGAAGAUUUUCCUGACGGCUCAGCAAGCGACCCGUCAAGUUAGAUAAAACUACCCGGCGAACCAGCGUUUUAAGCAGCUUUACAGGUCGGAUAGACACCCGGACUGAAGGAUCACGAUGACAGCCGCACCUUACAACUACUCCUACAUCUUCAAAUACAUCAUCAUCGGUGAUAUGGGAGUCGGGAAGUCGUGUCUGCUGCAUCAGUUCACAGAGAAGAAGUUCAUGGCAGACUGUCCUCACACCAUCGGGGUGGAGUUCGGGACGAGGAUCAUGGAGGUCCACGGGCAGAAGGUGAAGCUGCAGAUCUGGGACACGGCGGGUCAGGAGCGGUUCAGGGCCGUCACCAGGUCCUACUACAGGGGGGCCGCCGGGGCCCUCAUGGUCUACGACAUCACCAGGAGAAGUACCUACAAUCACCUGAGCAGCUGGCUGACGGACGCCAGGAACUUGACCAACCCAAACACGGUGAUUAUUCUGAUCGGCAACAAGGCCGACCUGGAGGCUCAGCGAGACGUGACGUACGAGGAGGCCAAACAGUUUGCCGAGGAGAACGGUUUGCUGUUUCUGGAGGCCAGCGCCAAGACAGGCGAGAACGUGGAGGAGGCCUUCCUGGAGGCAGCAAAGAGGAUCUACCAGAACAUUCAAGAUGGCAGCCUGGACCUGAACGCCGCCGAGUCGGGAGUCCAGCACAAACCUUCGACGCUGCAGGGGGGACGCCCCAACGCCGACAACCAGCCAGCAAAGGAAGGCUGCAGCUGUUAACCUUGAACAGAAAGUACGACACACGGACUCCGCCGGGCACUAACACUCACACCCAGAACCAGUCCACACUCAUCAUCGGCGCUGUCCACCCGCCGUUUUCUAAUCCAAAGCAAGAUUCAGCAAUCCUCCAUCCGCUCGAGACUUUAUCAACUCUGACCCGAUCCUGAAAACCAAAUCUAGAAGCGUGAACUGGCUCAGAAAGGCUCCCAGAUCAGGACCAACCGAGGCGGCGACCUCAUCCAAAACCAGUCUGAGCACAGCGUCAAUCUGGCCUGAACCACAACGCUUUCAUCUCAAACCAGAGAACUCCCCCAAACUGGGCGCUCUCCCCACCGCGUCUCCAUCGAGGAUGCUUCAGCCUCCUCCUAAAACCUCCUGCAGACUCGAUCAGGAUCAUCAUGAGUACGCCACGUUUGCUUCCUUAUCAACAAACCAAUCAGCGCCAUCGAUCAGUCCGACCCAGACAAACCGCCGCAGCAGGACGUGACGGUGAACGCUGGCGAUCACGGAGGACUCUGUCAGUCAGCUACGGCGGGCCGGCGUGCGGCGUGGACUGAGUCCAGACUAAAGUGAAGGUUUCACAGAUUUAGCAUCUUUCCUUUUUUCUCCCACAAGUAAAACGUUUAAAUUCAGACAAACAAAAACCAAAUUGGGACAAAAUGAAAUUCAACAUAAGCAGACUCGUCCAGGUUCCCAAUUCUGACUUACGUUCAAACUCCAUCCCUCGGUUCGCUCUGCCCGGAUAUCUCGGCUCACCUGGGAUGUUCAGCUGAAACGUUGUGAGCUUGUAGACAGAGCCGGAGCGCGGGCCAGCGGACGUUUGUCACCUUCAGGACCAAAGAGGGCACCUCAGCGCUGUGAAGCUGCAAACUGACUGAAGGAGCCUCUGAGCUCCUGCAGAAAUCCACCUCUGUUAUUAUAGGAAGCAGAAGCUGAGAGAGCGAAGAGAAAGGAGCUCCUGAACAUCGAGUCGUGACGGCGUUUUAGCUUUUAUUGGCUCUUUCUGUCUGCACGACGCCAGUACAGCUGCCAGGUGUUUUCACCACUGCUGUGUAGUAUGAAAGUCAUUCGAAUGCAUCGUCUGAAUGCAUGAAAAUGACUAAGUUCCCUUCUCCCAGCUCCAAGGGAGGAAAACAGUGACAGGAAAGAGGUCAGAAGGUCUGUUAGAAACCAUCGGAUGAGACGGUCUGCGCCUGCAGCUCCACCCACACAGCCACCCUUUCCCUUUAUGAAGUCUGGAACUGAUGUGAGUCUCGGUCGCUUUGUGAGGGAUGAAGAAGCCGAGCGUCUCUCCGGCCUCGCCGGAUCAGUUCAGGAUGGAUUUUUAUUAAAUGCCUUUAUUAUUUUCUUGUUUCUGUUUUUGGUUUUAACCAAAUAAAUACAGGAUGUUCCCACAGCUCCCCCUUGUGGCCAUUGUGUUUGCAUUGUUGAGCCAGGAUUGCACUUUAUCACUGUGCUUUCUCUGGUUUCCGCCGCGCCGCUGUGGAGACGUCACGUAGACACCAGCGAGCGUCUCUGAGGGAGAAUUUGCUUUGUGAUGAUGAUGCCUUCGUGGUUUCUGGAUCUACUGUUUUCCUCUUUGAAAAAUCAUUCCUGCACUAAAAGCUUCCCAAAGCUCCGAGUGAAGCUCUGCCAGAUUUCAUUUCACACUUUUAAACCACCAAGGUCUGAGAGCACUAAUGGGAGGGAGCAGCUUUUUCAUUUAGAGUUUUAAAAUGGAUCAGUUAACCUGAAAUUAGUCUACCUGCAUUUCUGCUUAUUUACACUAAAAUUAACAAAAUACCCGAGAAAUGUUUCCUUUGAGUCCCAGAAGUGAGAAAACCCGGAGAGAUGGAGUUGAAGGUCCAUAAGCCAUUAAAAGUUUCACCACCAGGGGGGAGUGUUUCACCAGCAGGUGUGCUGCCGUUUAACCUUAAACCAGGCGUGGGCGACGGCUCCAUCCUGUGGUAAAAAGUGGUAUUACACACAGUACGGCUGGCUGAGCUGGAGUCUCUUCAACAUGAAGGUUUUUGCACAUUUUAUUAAAAUUUAAAAUUUUGGAACUUUUUGACAGAAAUUAACAAAAAGGAUCUUUGAUCGUUCCUGAAAUGAUUACACUAAUGUUUUAAUUACCUUUACUGCAUGUAAAUCACCUGCUGUGUAUUUCUACAUUCCUACAGUUUUGUUGCACUUUAUUUUUUGGGGAAAUUGGAAAAUAUGACGUAAAUUUUAAAACCUUCUGAGAAUUUUUGUCUGUAGUAUUAAAGUGAACGAUGACCGAGAAAAAGUCGACUGGUUAAACCCAGGAAAACAAAAGAAAUGAUCAAUUAUCCAGUUUGUGUAGGUUUAACAUGGCGUCGCUCAGCAGAUCUCUUAAUUGGUGAAUUUUGUCGCCUCCGGGGCGCCGUAUGGUCAUCGUGUCACUGCUCGCGCCGAGGUCACGUUAUAUGAAGUAAAAACGUCACCUCAGCAUCUGAGUGUGACGCGUCCACAUCUGUCUGAACAGGGCACGAUCAUGUGACUUUACCCUCUGCUGUCGUCUGAUUGGUGGACAGCAGCGCGCUCCAACUAUGAUGAGUGAUUUAACAAUAAAACCUUUAUGCGGUGAAAACAAACACGAAGCGUUUCAGGCGUCUUGUGUUUGUUUUUUCCUGAUCGACCCCAAGUUUGUUUUUAGUCUGCCGUGACCAAAAAGUCUGUGAGGCGUCGCCAGGAUCGGCGCCUUCAGCUUCUCUCGCCAAAGCGCUCAGCAUCCAAAACUAUUACACAAGACUUCUGAUGCAAAAUGGGAAAAUGUUUAUGGGAUGGCCUCGGUCGUUACGCUGUUCAGUCUUAAUUUCUAUUAAUGAGAAGGCGAUGCAGCGAAAUCAGGUUAAACUACAGCUGACGUCCUUUUAUUUCUUCGUGUGUGAUCAGCCUGAGGGAGGCGCUGCUGUUCGGCUGAAGCAUGUGCAACUAUAACAGUGAGGUGGAGAUCAGGUGAUGGAGUCGCUGUUUUUCUGUCUGUUCAUUUUUCAGAAAUCUGCUAAAAUUAAAAAAGCUUAUUCUGAUUUUUUUGAUUGUUUGCAAUGAUUCUCUUCAGCUGAAGCUGUCUGUCCAACUGUGGAGACGCAGUUCUUUGUAAAUAAACUAUAUAUAUGCUGUA